AUGCCAGCGCUUGAGACGAACAAUGACAAUGUGCCCACACUCCCUGUACUGGCCACUAAGCGUGUAGCAGAAGCAGUCAAGUUCCCUUUCACGGCUUAUUCCCAUGCCCACGAUCUUCUUGCCAUUGUCACGGAGCCCUCAGAAGUUACAGUGUUCCGAAUUGUCAGCGGACAGAUUGCAUUCUCAAUCAAGCGCGGCAAAGAUGGUGAGGCAAAUGUGACGGCUCUGGCUUGGAAGGUUGAUGGGACAUGCUUGAGCGUAGGCUGGAGUGAUGGUACCUUUGAGAUCUACGAUGGCGGCAGUGGGCGGAGCGUGCAUACGACGUCGAUCAAAGGAAGCGAGAGCGACGAUGCCCGCGAAUGGAGACUUUACUUCUCGUCGCAGGGCAGAGAUGUGAGAGGAAAGGAAAUCUCGCCUGCAACGUCUGCGGGGAAAGCGCAAGGGAAGGUGGUCUGUUUCGGCUGGAUGGGCCAUGAGGUUGGAAGCAGCAAGACGAAAAAUGAAAAGGACGAGGAUUUCACGACUGAUGAUUGGUACGACGAUAUCGACGAACAUGACUCGAGUGGAACAGGAAUGAAAGGCAGCGGUGCUGGGAUGAUGGAGCUUCCCAGAGCCAUCGCAACACUGGACGUCACAAAGGUUCUCCCACGGCUGGCUGCAGUUCCCGUGUCUCAAACUACCUUUAAGCCAGGUCCGGACGGAAUCAAGUAUGCCAAUCAGGCAACUACAGAUGCCGUAUUCGACGCGCAAAAGGAGCCUAACCCAGAUCUAGUCGAAAGUCUGAUCGCUGCCCAAGAUGAUGGGGCGGUCGAUAUACUGCUCGACGAGACUGUCAGGAUCGGCACCCUUAACAUCGGAGGCGAGCCCAUUAUGCACGCGGCACAUCCCGGCAGUCCAAGUCAUGUCGUGCUGAGCAAAACGGAUGGCUCUGGCUUGCAGCUAAGUUGUAUUGAUCUUCCUCUUUCGACUUUCAGUGGAGCUGUGCUUCAUGUCAUCGCGAGCAACACCAAAAGGAUACAAAGUCAACUUGACUACAUCGUAUACACACUUCGAUGCAUUGAACACGACUACAAUAGUGGUGUCGAAAUGCCCAAUCGCUAUUUAAGUCUCCUAGCGGAAGAGCUGGAGAAUGACGAAAACCAAGAUCCCAUAUUUCAUUUCUACCAUUUGGCAAUGACGGGAUCGUUCAACAGCUACUUUCUUGAAUGGUUGAGAGACAUGGUCAAAGACACUGGCCUCAAACGAUGGGAGCCGAAUGUGAACACCAUGUAUCUAAACAUGUCCAACCAUCUCUUCAUCAAUCUUUUACCAGCACUGGAUCGAAUUACUGUUGCCAUUACAACACUUCGAGGCUACRCACGACUCCACGAUGGCUCGAGCAAGUUUGACGUGCCACCUCAGCUAUUCAGCAACAUACUGGAGCAUGUAGACAGUCUUCGGCUGGUUGCACACCGAAUGCAAUUAAUCGUCAUGGCUGAGCACAAGCAGUUCCGGGCGUUCAUCAAGUGGCUCAGACUGCAGCUAGACCUUGCUAUUGCAGGUCCACACUCGCAAAGCGCAUUGGAGACGGAGGAGCGCGAAGUGCCAGGCAUGGACUAUGGACUGAUUCUGGCUUACAUCAAACAUACCUUGCUAGACAGCAAGGUCUCCAUGCACAUUCAGAGCCGUCCAGGCAUGGAAGGACAUUUCGACAUGAAGAAUCUGGACACUGUGCUGCAAUUGAAAGCCAUGAGCUAUGAGCGUUCAAAGGAGGCUCUCGUCCGUUUGGAAGCACUGAAGGACGGCGAGACGCUUACCAUGAAAGAUGUUGAAGAUCCCAUGGUCUUGCUCAACAUACCCGCCUUGGCCGCGGCCUUGGUGGGCAGUGUUCGGACAGCAUUACAGCGCAUCACAGAGUGGCAAAGCAGAAUGCUAGUCCCUCCCACUAUCAUUCCUCUAAACUGUGGAGAGACUACCGCGGUAACAGAUAUGAUUCAUUUUCCGGCCCAAGAGAAGGGCAGCGACGUCGAGUCCACUAAUACACAACUUCUUGCUGUGGACGCCGACAAACCAAGCAGCAUCCAAGUCAUAUCCGUCAUUCGCUCCCCUUCGACCAGCACYAACCCCAGCCGCCGUCUCACAGCGAGCACCACCGCGCUCCCACCUCCCCAUGAAUUCUCGACAGAACACUCCUUUUCAUCCGGCACGAUCCUCACCGCGAAAUGGAUCCCACACGAAGCAUCAUCGUUCAUUACUCUGAUUCGGGCUUCGGAAGGUGACGACGCUACAGGACAAGUAAGCGUCACAAGACAUCGCUACGUUGCGGAAGAGCUGGAAUCAGAAGUUCUGCAUCGCUUUCCCUUGGGAUUCAAAGCGGAUGAAAUGGUAAUUGGUGGACGGAAGGGCAAGGUUCUUUGUGUGGUUUUCGGGAAUGCGAGACGGGAGUGGAGGGYUCUGGAUCUUGAGGCGGCAGGUAGAGCAAAGCCGAGUGAAGGAGGGGAGGAUUAUAUGGAUUUAGAAGAGCACUUUUGA